AUGGAGAUAAAGAAAAGCACCAAAUUUUCCAGGUUUUUUGUCAUUGGAAACAUGUUUUUCUUUGAAGUCAGCCUUGGGAUCGUGACCAACACUGUUCUGCUUCUCUUUCAUGUCCUCACAUUCUUUCUGCAGUACAGGCACAAGCCCAUUGAUCAGACCAUUGGCCACUUGGCCCUGAUCCACUUAGUGAUGCUCCUAACUGUGGGAUUCAUGUUUAUAGACAUUUCUGGCUUUGAGGAUUUCUGGAAUGAUGCCACAUGUAAAUGUGUUCUCUAUUUGUACAGGGUGAUGAGGGGCCUCUCCAUCUCUACCACCUGCCUGCUGAGUGUGCUCCAGGCCAUCACUCUUAACCCAGGAAACUCCUGUCUGGCAAAAUUCAGACAGAAGCCCCUGCAUCAGAACCUGUGUUGCUUUCUCUUUUUAUGGGUUUUCAAUAUGAUCGCCAGUGGUCGUUUCUUAAUCUCCACUAUUGCCACCCCUAAUGUGUCCUCACAGAGUCUUAUAUUUGUCACGGAAUCCUGCUCUCUUCGUCCCAUCAGUUACUUAGUCAAGUACAUAUAUUUCUCACUGGUGACCUUCAGGGAUGUGUCCUUUAUAGGGCUUAUGAUGUUCUCAAAUGGGUACAUGCUGAUCCUCUUGUGCAGGCAUAAAAAGCGGUCCCAGCAUCUUCGUAGCACCAGCCUAUCCCCAAAAGCAUCUCCAGAACAAAGGGCCACCCAGACUAUCCUGGUGCUCAUGAGUUUCUUUAUGAUCAUAUACUUUUCGGACGGUGUUAUUGCCUCCACUUCUGGAAUCUUGUGGAAAAAUGACCCCAUUCGUUAUUGUGUCCAAAUGCUCUUGAGCAAUGGCUAUGCUACGUUCAGCCCCUUGGUGCUAAUCAGUACUAAAAAACAGAUGAUCAAGGGCUUAGUAUCCAUGUGGGGAAGGUCAGUAAAUGUCAGAUUGUUCACUGAUGAAUAUUUGCCCUGA